CGCCCGGCGAAAUGAACGGACCGCGACGACGUCGACGGCGGAGGUUUAAUUUCUUGUGCAGUCACCAUUUAGACAUUACCCGCGCGUGUACACUCGCCGCCACACACAUACACAAGUCCGCCGCCCGUCCCGUCCGAACGGAAAUUCUYUCACGCGAAAUCACAAUCAUAUUAUAACAACAUCGUAACAAUAUUUUUGAUAUAAUAUCAUAUUAUCAAACUGCAUUUUUAUACACGCUUGCACCGGGACAGAACCGAUUUUCGCCCCGAAGAAGGACGACGAUCCUCCGCCGCUGCCGCUGCAGGGCCCAAGUGCGGCGCCACCAGCCGUCGAAUAUUAUACACAGGUACGUGUUUGCGUUGCAGUCGGCCUACGAUUACUAUAGAUUUUUUAUCCACCGCCAGUUGGCUUGUUGAGAUGACUUCUUGCAGGCGAAGACUGCAAUACUGAACGUCAUCCGAGACACACUUAAGCAGACGCGAUCACCUCCUWAGGAUAUAUAAUAUUAUYCUUCACCCCCUUUCACCGUAGAAAACGUUUGAUAAAAACACAGAGAUAAGCACAUAGACAAACGGAAUUCGGUCGUCAACGCUCGUCAAAAUGAUAUUCACCGAGAUGAAAACGUUUACGCUGUGCUUCGUCUUACUGCUGGCGAAAAUUUCAGUUUUUGGAUUAGUCAAUGGUGAUUCAUCACCGGGGCCCGUAUAUGUCAAUCCAGAUUUAAUUUACGAAAAACCAGAACCUGUCGCUUCACAGGUAGUUUCACCAGAUUCUCAAAUCACUCAAACAGUAUAUGGAUUUCUGGACUUCACUACAACAAUUGGUAACACUGUUAUGGUUUUCAUGCCACAAAGUGCAUCUACUUCACCAGGUACUACUACAACCGAAGAAUCAUUGACUACAGAAGGUAUGACCACCACUAUUGAAGAAAAGCCUAUUACAAAGGAACAGCUGGAAACAGAGUCCAUUGGAAUUACUCCCAGUAAGCCAGUGAACCUACCAAUUGAUUCAAAAAAUGAAGAAAUAGUUAUGACAUCAAAUGAGCCUAAAACCACCGCUGAAAUAACUACCAAAGAACCGACGACCACUACUACAAAAGAACCACCAACUACGAAAAACGUGGUGAAAAAAUCGGAACAAGAAAAAAAAUCAACAGGAGCACCAGUGACGACAAAAAAAACAAAUGCUAAACCGACAACGCCAUCGCCUCUAAAACCAAAACUAGUUGGAAACGUAAAUAAAGAACCAAUGGUAAGCUCAAAGGUUAUAGUUAUGGCGGGUUCUAAAGUUUUAGAAAAUAUUCAAACCAAAGUAGAAGUCAUUGAAGGAAGUACACCAGAACCAUCAAAAGUGGUGGAAAAGGCGAUUUACAGUAAAGUAGAAGUUAUUUCUGGUGAACCAGUUGAAGAAGUGGCAGUGAACCAUUUACAACCAACACCAGAAUAUGAUUUUCUUUCACGACAACCUUCAGAAGUUGUGGACGAGACAUUCAAAGUAAUUGAUUUGAAGCCUAGUCUAUCCAGACACGUCCUCGUUCAGAAAAGUCGAGGGCCUGAUGGAAAACUUAGAGCAUUCAACUCAAUAGCAAAUUUCAACGUAGAAGAAGAACCUACGACAAAUAAAGCACCGAAAAAAGUAGCUGUAAAAAUAUCCCCAUCAGCUUCUGGUGUUCGAAUUCUGAAAACAGCAGCACCGAAGCCCUCCUCCAGAUCACCAAAUGUUGAACCUACACCAGCUGCAUCUGGAUUGGACGACGAAUCUCUAGAGUCGUUAGUGGGCUCACAACCAGGCUCGGUCUUGGUUCGACAAUCCAGGAGGCCGGCUAUUGGUGGAGGUUUUAAUAAAAACAAGUACACGCCUACGCCAAAAAGUAAAUCAAAAGAAUUUGAAGAUUAUUCGACUACCGAUGAAGAACAAAAUGAAUUCACCUCUGUUCAAAAUGAACCUACAACUCCAAGUUAUAGAAAAGGAUCUAAAUUCACCUCAAAAAUAACUACUACAACACAGAGAGUUCCCAGCUUUAAACAAAACCGAUUUAACAGACCAACCACCGCUGAACCAGAAGUGGAGUUGACUGAAGGAUCAGCUACUCAAAGAAGGUUCCAGCCUAGUUCCAAGCGUUAUGACAGUAACACCAAUGCAGCGGUAGUGACACCAGCUAACCGUCGGGCUUUCAAAAAACACUUUCAACAACAAGAACAAUCACCUCAGUCCAGCCCACAACCUAUUCCGACAGCUCCAUUGACGUUCAAAUCUAAACUAAUCCGACCAACUGGACGUUGGGAGUACAAGACAUCUCCCAAACCUCGUGUAACCAUUCGUCGUAUCGAUGAAAACCGACAUGGACAGGAAAAUGCUACCACACCACUGACACCACAUUUCCCCGAUGUACAAGUUGACAACGGAGACCAAGCGUUGGCUGGUUCAGGUUUAUUACCAGCCUUACAACAUGAUGAUGACAACGACGUUCUCGUUCAAGACGUAAGUCCGACUGCAAAUGCUGAGACAAUCCGGGUAGAAAUCUCUACUCCAGCUGAAUUCAAAGACAUAUACUACGAAAUUGCCACGAUCAAAUCACCGUACUCAUUCCAAGUGGGUUCAGUGAAGAAUACCAGGUUCAUAACCGUCACGUCAACAAUCCAAAAGAGUCUGGUGGAGCAGACCGACAGUCCAUCGCCAGCCAGAGUGGAACCACUGUCUGAGAAUAUACUGGCCAGCCAGGCACCCAACUUGUACGGCCGUGAGCAGCCACUCGAUUCCAGCCUGGCCACUCUGCCACCGAUCUCCUUGUCUCCGGACCAGGCCACACCACCGCUGGAAACUAUGACCGAGAGCUUCAGCACCACCGAGCUAAUGCUCAAAACACAUAUCUUGCCAGUGGUCCGCGGAACAGACACCAGCAGUGUGACGCUGGUCCAGUCAUACAAGGUGACCAGACUGGUGACCGCGGUCAAGACGCUGCCGCCGAUGGAGGUUUACCAGUUCGUGCCCAGCAAGACACUUAACGAGUUCAACACCAGGCUGGACGAGGCCGGGUCAGAGCUGCACCUGGAACUCGAGUAUGGGGACAACGGCAACCACGACGAUGAGCACCCGAGUGCAGCCAAGGCGUUCCUGGACAGCCUGGACCUAUCCAACGUGGGAUCUUCGUUUGAUCUGUCACAAAUGGACAAAGCCAAUGGUCCACGAUCAAAGAAAGCUCACCGAAUGGCGUCGGCGUCAGGCAAUUCAUCUUCCACCGAACACCCAUCAAAUCAAUACCAACAGCAGCAGCAGCAGCAGCAAGCGCCCACCAUGAGCCCCGAACAGCUCCAGCAGUUGGCCCUGUACCGGUUACUGAACCCGAAUGCACCGAUACCAGCUCCGGUUAUAACCACCUCCCGACCGGUGUUGCGGUACGAGACCGUGUUCGAGACACACGCUCUGCCCGUGGUAAACGGCGGCACCACGUACUAUACUACCUUGUCUCGACCCGUGGGUACGGUGACCAGAACCGAUUAUGAGAUGGUCACCACCACGUUGGCCAUACCGCAACCUCAAUCACUACCAUUCCAACCACCACAGCUCCARCCCACUCCGUUGUUCCAGUUCCAGCAGACUCCCUUGUUCCCGCCACAGCUUCAGCAACAGCAACAGCAACAGUUUCCAGUUCAACCUACGCUUUUCCCCGCCCAGCCAUCGUUCGCCAUCACUUCUACGCCCGUUAUCACCCAAUCGAUGGUCACGCAGACCGACAGCAAGGUGUUGAAGCUAACAUUUGGUGCGAAGACCGCCUACACUACUAUCUACUCCAGCUCGGUAGUGCCCACCCAGGUUACGUCAUACGUGACCCAGUCUGUGGCCGUCCAACCAACCGUCGCCCAGUUCCCCAACUUCAUACCGUACGGUGGUUACCCAUUCUUGGGUUAGAUAUCACUCCACCGUCACCUACGUGCCAUUGUAUAUUAUUACCCGAAGAGCAGCGACCGGACAUCCGAAUGAUGGCCACCAAUCGUCGUGACUUGUACAUAACUACAUUAUUAUUAUUUUUUUCGUUUCCAAAAAUCGCUCAAAUGUCGUGAAAUCGUCUGGUGGGAGCAUUAAUUAAUAUUAUUAUUAUUAUGCGUAUCGCGUUGUACAUAAUAUUUUUAUUAUAUUAUUAUACUUUUAUUCACCCUUCUAAUCUAUUAUAAAUAUAACGGUUGGAAGACGCAACCUACUCUUGAUACACGCAAUAAUAUUAUGACGUGUAUAAAUAUUGUUUGGUUUCGUCUGACAUCUUGUUACGAUUGUUUAUAUUUCUUUUAUUUUUCGACUAUUUUACAUAUCGUCGGAACCUUGUUUGUAAUACCAUUUGCGCGACUGACACUGUAGUGAAAGAAAAAUAGAAAAAUAAUAGAAAAUGAACUGUAAUCGUUGCACUUUCGACGAUCACCUACAGUAGAUUUCCGAUCCCGUCGUUGAAUUGUGUAGGGUCCCAUGAAAAAAAAUAAAUAUAAAACGAAACAAAACUAUUUUCAUCAAACAUCCGGUUUAAACAAUAUUUGUUAAAGGAAUAAAAUUAUGAAUGAAUUUGUACAAGAAUGAGACAAAUCUAAAAACCUGUAGGUAGGUAUAGGAAAUAUGACAUACCUUGAAAAUUUCUUGUUUUUUGAUUUUUUGUUGAAAACCCUGAUAACUCUGAGAUAAUAUUACAAUUAAUGAAACCUGAGUUUUGGUCAGAACACAAGAUAGCUCCAUAAAUUAAAAUUGKCAUCGACCCUUUUGAAUAUUAUAUCAUCGCACGCGUUUCUUUCACCUCAUCGAUGAUUACCUCCAGUGAGUUUUUGCGCAUUUGGUAUAGGUUAAGCUAACCCUGCGUGAGCUGAAUCUCAUAAUAUUAUAUUCAAGUGCUACGUAUAUAUUAUAUAACAAUAACAAACAAAAAAGUCUACGAUUAUUAGCACUAUUAUUACAGUUCGUCAUAAACGGUUUCCACCGUAUUCUUGUGCGCAUGGUUGUGUCUAUACACUAGCUGGUUCAUUUAUCACCCUACUGAAAUAAAACUUUGAAAGUCAGCCAAAAGUUUGUGGUGUAUCUUUUCUCCCUCUGCUUCAUUCACUUUGCUCCUGGCCCUCACCGUUUUUUGUCUGGGUGUUAAAUAACAAAUCCGGAUGCCGGUUAUGAUUAAUCGCUUUUUCCUGAUAGAAAAUAAUUUCCGAAAAGAGAGGACGGUGCCAAAUACAAAGAGGUCAAAAAAACAAUUUUGAUUAGGAUUAGACUAUUAUUAUUAUUAUCAUUACUAUAGAACAUAGUGAAAUUA